AUGUCUGGCACAAGCACAACAUAUAACUUUCUCAUCAUCUUUUUUGUUGCUCUGGGAUCUUUCACCUACGGCUUCAACUCGGCUAUCAGUGGCUCUGUCAUCGGCCUUUCGUCGUUCCUCGACUACUUCAAUCUGACUACAAGCGGACCAGGGGCUUCUAAGAGCAACCAGAUCAUUGGCGCCAACAAUGCUCUCUUCGCAAGUGGCGGUGUCGUCGGAUGCAUGAUCGUCCCUUGGUUGUUGGAUCGUUGCGGUCGACGUCUUGCCAUCCAAACCACCUGCAUCAUCUGCAUCAUCUCCGCAGUCAUACAAGCCGCUUCAGUCCAUACCGCCAUGUUGCUCAUCGGUCGCUGUAUCAACGGAAUCGGGGUUGGCAUGAUCGAUGUGGCUGUACCAAUUUACCAGUCCGAGAUUUCCCCAGCAGAUGUCAGAGGUCGAAUGGUCGGCUCUCAUGGAUUUCUAGUGGUCUGCGGCUAUGCCAUGGCUGGAUGGGCUGGCUACGGCUGCUUCUUCAUUACCAAUCAGGCUCUUCAGUGGCGUCUUUGCCUGGCGUUCCAGGUCAUCGCUCCUCUCCUGCUUGCAAUCGGAUCCCCCUGGAUGCCUGAAUCCCCUCGAUGGCUGUGCAAAGUUGACAGAGCUACUGAUGCCCUGAAAGUACUUGAGAAACUGCACCCUAGCACAGAAAGGCACCCAGAGGGCCACUCUUUCGCUGAGCAUGAGCUCCACCAGAUUCACAACCAGCUCGAGAUUGAAAAGCGAGAAAACGCUGCGACAGGAUGGAGGGAGGCUUUCUCAAGGCCUUCGUAUCGCAAGAGACUUUUGUAUGGAUUUUUCGUUCAAUGCGUUGCGCAGUCGACUGGUGUUCUUGUUGUCAACAACUACCAAGUUCUUCUUUAUGAUGGUCUUGGCCUCCGAGGCUCAAUCGCCCUUAUGCUCUAUGCCUGCUAUAACUCUCUCGCUGCUUUUAUGAACUGGGUCAACAGUUUGAUCCUGGACCGCUUCGGAAGAAUCCGUAUUAUGGUUAUAGGCCUCAUCGGCUGCUCCCUAUCUCUAUGUGGCUUCACUGCCAUGGUUGCUGAGUUUGUGGGCACAUCUAACAAAGUAGGCAAUGGAUUUGGCGUCUUCUUUCUCUACCUCUUUGUUUUCUUCUACGGCGGCACCAUGGAUGCUUCUUCCUAUGUCUAUUGCGCUGAGAUCUUCCCAACCUCAAUCAGAGCCCAAGGCGUUGGUUUCAGCGUGGCUGGUCUAUUCAUGAUGACCCUGAUCUACACUCAGACUGCUCCUACUGCAUUCGAGAACGUAGGUUGGAAGUAUUAUCUGGUUUUUAUCAUCAUUCCCUGGAUUGGUGUAUUCGUUAUGCAGAAAUACUUUCCGGAGACUGCGGGGCUCUCUCUUGAAGACAUCGCCGUCUUGUUUGGUGAUGAAGCGGCUGUCAAUGAGAAUGGCCCUAGCGAAAAGUCAGCUCAAGCCUCUGUUGUACAAGAGGAGAAUUGCCGUGGUGGUGAAGUGGCCAACAACGAGAAAGGCUUCGGCUCCCAUCAAGUUGAAGGAGCCUGA